AGCAAUCUCCCAACUCCUCUCUGAUUCUCUGCUGGAAUCGACCUUGCCUAGUACGAGUCGUGACGCCGUAAACGCCGUAAACUCGUAACUGCUCGUAACUUGAGGAGCGGUCCAGAGCGGUCGCAUAGAAUGCGACUUCAACUCCGACCUGGAACCGAAUUCGGGUCGGCCGAUUUAUUCGUCCGAUGCGAGUCAAUCGAGUCUGGGAUUUGUUUCCUUUUCCUAUCGAUCCAAGGCAUGAGCACGCUCCCACGGAGGGACGAAUCUCGGCAGCUUUGAGGUUAUGCCGACCUCCAGAUCCUGCCGAUCCUGCCGAUCCUGCCGAUCCUUGGGACUCCUCGGAAAAGGAUACUUCCUCUCGAUAGCACACCGAAGCCUUGAAAAUAAAGAUAACUGCCAGUGGAUGUGUACUGGGCUACGAAGGUGUUAGCGCGUCUCGUAAGUCGUGAACAGCGCUUUUCGUCUAUCGCGAUGUCACUCGGUUUCGAUCGAAUCGCCGAACUCUCCAGGACCGACUCUUCGUUUCAUCCUGCCACCGAGAUUUUGGAUACGACGGCUUAUCGAUCGUUAAUAAUAUUCCUAGUUAUCGCGUUCAGGAUAUACAUUUUGCUGGCUAAGUCAUGCUCCUUGGAAAUACCGAUACUAGCUCACUGUGCUGUAAUUAUUUAUCAGCAAAAUCUGAUGGCUAAUCGGUGUAAUGAAUUUAAGACGGAGCUCUAGCGUAGGUACAAUCGAUUGAACGCGCCAUAAGACGAAAGAAGAUAGAACGACGAGGAUGAAGCGUAACGGCGCUCGACUCUUUAAAAAUCCUCCGCAACCUCACAUGUGCAUUCAAGAUUAUAUACAGGGUACGUCAACUCCAUGUUACGUUAAUGUACUGUCUUGGGGUAAAAUUGGUAUGCCACUCGAUCCUUCUCAACCAGUGCCGUUAUACGGAGGUAUGAGAGUAUCACCUCCUCGGACCAUGGAAAACACGGAGGCUAUCGUAUUUGCUGUGAUGGCAAAUCCAGAGGUUCUUCGUUUAAAUGGCAAGAAUGCUCGAGAUCCUAAGGAGCGUUCGACACUAAUCGAACUCCUUUUGGACUUUGUGGAGGCAAUGAACGAAGGGACCAUCUUCUCUCGACGUUACACGAUUCUAAAAGAUCGCGACAUAACCGGAGAGUUGAAGGAGGUGUGGUCAGCCGUACAAGCGAAACGAGAUAAGGAACAGAGCCAGCAAGCUCAACAAGAGCAAGUUCGUCAAGAAACGUGGAUAGACGUUCAACCUCCGUCCACGCCUCGGCAUCCUCGAUACCAAGAACCUCCACGGGCACCUUCUCAUCAAGAAUACACAAAUCAGCCACCAAGAUAUCACUCGAGAAUCACAUAUGGUAGGGUCGAGUCCGGACAGUCUACCGGCUACGACGGUUACGUGCAACAGGCAUUGAAUCCCACCCUGCAGAACGAGCAAAUGUUUCAACCAAGGCAACCAAUGGCGCAACAGUAUCACGGAAACAUUUCUCAAGUGGCUCAAGAUCGAUACAAUUACAGGGAACGUGGUGGUAGACAACAAAUAGGUGCUCCCAAUCCUGCAGCGGUACAGCAAGCUGGUUGCCCAGCGUAUCCAGCACCACAGUAUUUCUUUCAGCAGCUUCCGAGGCCGAAUUUAACAGGGCACUACGUAGCAUUGCAACAGCAGAUGAUCGGGCAACGACAACUAGAAAAGGCAAUGCGUUCGUACAUUGGCCAGAUGCAACAUCAGCAGCAACAGCAACAACCAUCGCCACCGUCACUGGCCCAGCCGCAACAGACACACGUGAACCAUAUACAGCCAGGGCCAGUCAUUCCACAGUAUGAAUCGUCGUUGUCGUUCAAUGUCCAGCCUUCGCAGCCUACCCCAGUGAACGUUGUUCGAUUAGGAAGGCCACAUAUGGGAGUCGCACAAAAGAGCAACGUCGUCGGCAAGAGGCAAGCAAACUCACCGACUCAUUCGAAACAGGCAUCGAGUGCGGACUAUCCGGAAACGAGCACCAAGUCGAAGAGUCCGGUUAAGGUUCUACAAAGAGAACCGCUGAAUCCAACGCAGCUGUUGUCCGCGGAUAAGGACGGCGAGACCGUCGAGGGCGGCGGCGAAACCUCGGUCGUUCGAGUGACCGAUUUGGACGAAGUUCAAAUUGGGGGAAAAGAUCUCGCAUCGGUAGAAUCGGUGGAGCGAGAUAUCGAUGAGAGCUCCGACCUACGAGGGGAUGGAAACGAGCGAAUCGACGUCGAGGACACCUCGACGAGGUGCCCUCGCGAAACCAAGGAGGAGAAUUCGAUCGAAUACCCUGCCGGUGACAAUGACUCUUCCAGGACGAAAAUCGUGGUACUCAAGAGAAACAAGUCCGGGAGCGAGUCGAAAUGGACCACGAAGGAGCCGAAGGUCGUAAAAAACGGAAAGAAGCCCGGGGAGCAAACGGUCGAUCUCGUCGAGGACGAGAGACAGCCCAAGAAAACGGAGCCGAACUCGGAGAACCGACCGAGCGAUCGAGCGAUCGACCUCGCCGAGGUCGAGGCCAAGAAAGUGACCGGUUGCGAAGGUCGGAAUGGAUUAUCGAACAAAAGGAAGCCCGAGAGUCCGAAGCGACCACAGACGGUGAACAGCAUCAUCAAGAGCGUUCUCAAGAUUCACCCUGGCGGGGGUGGAAGCGGAGGGACCGGCUCUUCCGUCGACGGCACCUCCAAAAGGAAAUCCGCUCAGGCGAAAGCCAAUACCAAAGCGACGAGCGAACACGAGGACUCCUAUCAGGGGUACACCAUAUUGAGAAAAGCCGUCGAGACCUCGCGGGAAGACGUCGCGAGCGAGAUCUCGCAGAUUUCCAUUCAAGCAUGCAAAGACACGACCGAGGUCGGUGCCGUACUCUCGUGAUAACUUAGCAGGUACUAAGAGGUUGCGUCGCGGAUAAGAGAUACGAACGAACCGAUGUACAUAGAUAGAUUAUCUAGUAAGAACGAGUGUUAGAUGAGGCUGCAAGACGAGGAGCCGAAACCCGGUCCUGGCUCGAGUUAGACCUCGACGGCCUAAGUCGACGUGUGCUGCGAGUGUCCGCAAGUGUCCACGAGUGUCCACGAGUGUCUACGAGUCUUCGCUUCUCCGCCACGAUCGAGAGGACUUCGCCGGCGCUGCCUGCGCGCGCGAGGACGCGUGUGGAAGUAAAAGGCGCUAAUGAAAUCGCGCCGUGCUUUAUUAGAUCUAAGUUGGAAAGGACCGAGUCGAGGACGCGCUUGGGAGCCGUUUCGGUGAACGCGCUCACCUUGGACGCGUUCCUCGACGCCGUUCGUAGCCAUCGCUACUCGUGGUCGCGCCGAGCGCGAUGCGCUAACUCGCGAAACAAUUCCUCGAGCCGCCGAAGCGCGGCGGCAAGCUUUCGCGAGGUCGCGAGAAACUCGCGAAUCGAUGCACCGUUUCUUCCUCUCGGAGUGCUUCGUAAAUGCCGGACUCCCACGGAGUGCGAACCACAGUUGUCAGCGACUCUAGCGUGUUUGCCUGCAUACACGGAUUAAUCACACCAGUAAAAAACGUUAAUAGCAUUGUUUUAUCAAUUUUAACUUACUUACAAGUUCCUUAGUCGGCGAAGAUUGCGUUAUUCUGUCUCUGCGAUGACGUGAUUACGAGUAAAAUGUCGAACAGGUUUGAUUUAUUCACGAUUGCUUCAUGUCGCGAUGAUCUUGAACGCAAGCUCCACGACGGUGCGUUCGUGUGGAACGUGUACGAAAGCGCUGUUCGCGUGUUUCACGUCCCGUGGGAACCUAGCAUAUGACGCGCGAUUCGUGUAUAUGGAGGUGAUUUCCCUUCGCUCCCUUAGCUAGGUAACGCCGGCCAUAUCGCCCCCGCUUCUUCGAGGGCAUCGUCGGCUCGCCCUGGGGCCCGUCCGCGAGGGUCCAUGUCGAAGCGUCGCCUCCGACCGCGUCGGAGCUCGACCGAUCUUCCUCCGCUAAUUGUUAAUAGGAACGUAUUCGAUAUCUUCGUUACUUCUAGGCCACGGUCGUCGUUACCACGAUUCCCUGUGCCUAUAAUGCCGUAAUGUAAUCUAUUAUUCCAUAAUACAGGUUUUUUUCCAAA